AUGAUAUUGUCACCUCUUUCGCGGCAGCAGACUGCUCUGCGAAUAUGCCGGCCUCUCAUCCAAACCCAAUGCCUCUACAACCCCAAAACGCAACGACGGCGUAUCCAUAAUGUGCCCCUGCUUGUCCAUGGCGAAGCUUUCAAAACCGAUGGCGUACCUGGCAUGCUAUCGAGUGAUGCAUUCGACUUGGCCUGGCAUCAAUAUCAAGGCCACCUCGUCGACCGCCUUAACAGGCUAACAGCCGGUACAUCCUCCCCUGCCUGGAUCUGCUCUACUGGGACCUCGAUCACCAACACCUGCUAA